AUGCUGGUAAGUCGUUUCUUGGACUACAUGAUGGUGGAUACCAAGCCAUUGAUAAGUCAAGUACAUAAGUUACAAGUGCUCAUCCUAGAACUUCUUGCCGAAGGGAUGUUCAUUAAUGAAGCCUUUCAAGUUGCUGUAAUGAUUGAGAAGUUGCCUCCUAGUUGGGGAGACUUCAGAAACUAUCUCAAGCACAAGAAAAAGGAAAUGGACAUGGAGGCUCUUAUUGGAAAGCUUCGAAUUGAAGAUGACAAUAGGAGGUCUGACAUAAGAUCCAUGAAGACCAUAAUGAAAGCAAAUGUUGUGAAGCAUGGAAGUAGCUCCAAGAAUAAGAAAAAUCCUGGAAAGAGUUCUAAGACUGUCGAAGAGAAAGAGGAACAUAGAGACAACAACGAUGGAGCACAUCACAAGAGAGAUAUUCGUAAGAAUUUGGUGUCUAGAUCGUUGCUAAGCAAACAUGGUUUUCGCUUAGUGUUUGAGUCAGACAAGAUUAUCUUAUUCAAGUAUGGGAUGUUUAUUCAGGACAGACACGAUGCCGCCAAAGUGAUAGAGAAGAGCCUGCUGGAGCUGCAUCAGGUGUUCUUGGAUAUGGCUGUCAUGGUGGAGGCACAGGGCGAGCAGAUGGAUGACAUUGAACACCAUGUUUUGAAUUCUUCUUACUAUGUCAAGGAUGGAACCAAACAGCUUCAUACUGCCAAGGACUACCAGAGGAGUAGCAGGAAGUGGAUGUGCAUUGGGUUGAUACUUUUGCUGCUCGUCAUUCUUGUUGUGGUCGUCCCCAUUGUCACCAGCUUCGCUGACUCUUAG